AUGGCCUUAAUCUUAAAAGGAGGAAGACUCACCUUGGCUCUUAUCAUCCUCAUCGUCAUUAGUUCAUCAUCUCACAUCAUUACAACCACCGCCACUGCUCGGACUCCAGACAACCAUGUCCGCCAACUAGCUACAAAUUGCGAUUAUGACCCUAUACAACAAGCAGAUGGACCCGGUGGGUGUGGUAGUGGAAGUGGAAGUGGAAGUGGAUCACCAAAACCAAAACGAAUACCAUGCGGUUCAACACCGGGUGGGAGCCUUUGUAGGAAGGGUUGCUGUGGAAAGACUAAAAUGGGAAGGGCCGAAUGUUGCUAG